AUGGAGAAGAGAAGAGAGGUACUGCUGCUUGUCGCGAGAAGAGGAGGAGGGAGAAGAGAUGGGCGGUGUUGCUGUCGCGAGAAGAUGAGGGAGAAUAGAGGAGAGGCGAACCACUGCUUGUCGCGUCACUGCUGCCCCUGCCAGGUGACUGAUCGCAGAGCCGGAGCAGCCUUAUUAAGGGUUUUGGAUCAAAUGUCUAGCAUAGGUUAUAGUCCAAAUGUUGUUGUAUAUACUACGUCGAUUGAUGAGUGUUGUAAGGAUGGUGAAUUUGAAAAGGCAAAAGAAUUGUUCUAUAAAAUGGAAGAGCUGGGUUUGGUUGCUAAUCAGUAUACUUACACUGUUUUGAUAAAUGGGAUCUUUAAGAACGGACUUAAAAAGGAUAAAUUCGAGCUCUAUGAGAAGAUGAAGCUUAAUGGGGCUUUGCUCGACUUGUAUACUUACAAUUGUGUGAUGUAUGGGUAUUGUAAGGAUGCUCUGGAAGGCUCUCAUUUGAUGUGUCUGAACAUGUCGGACAAUGCCUUGGGUGAGAAAGGAGUUAGGGCAUUUGGGAAGAUCUUGCAAUCUCAAACUAGCUUGGAGGAACUAUAUCUAAUGAACGAUGGAAUAUCAGAGGAAGCUGUACCAGCUAUCUGUGAGUUGGUUCCUUCCACAGAGAAGCUUAGGGUUCUUCUGUUUCAUAAUAAUAUGACAUGA